UCUUGCUUCCAUAUAUAUAUAUAUAUAUAUAUGUGUGUGUGUAUAGUACUCCCAACAAUGGACACUUUACUGAGGAUGUUUCUUGUGCUCGUUUUACUUUCCCACGUGUCAGCAUACAAAGUUUGCCCAAAAUGUGGUAGCAUUGAAGUUCCAUACCCUCUAAGCACCGAUGACAACUGUGGAGACUCUAUGUACAGAGUCUAUUGCAACAAUGGCGUUCUUGAGUUCUUGUCGGGAGGAGGGUUUUACUACAAGAUCCUAAGCAUUAACCCAACUGCUUAUAAGCUUGUCAUAAGCCCGCCGCCAAUACAGAAAGACACGUGUUAUUCUGCUGAUUACACUACUUCGGAGGGAUUAAGGCUGGACGACAACUUGCCCUUCAACAUAUCUACUCAUAACACUGUCAUGCUGCUGAACUGCUCGAAUAACCUUCUCAGGUCGCCUCUGAACUGUUCUUCGAGCAGCUUUUGCCGGCUGUUUGAGGACAAGGUGGAGGAGGCGAGUGGGUGUAGGAAUACCCUUUGCUGCCAUUACUUGAAGGACUCUGCCAUGACUUCGCAUAUGAUUAGGGUCAGGGCCGGAGGGUGCAGUGCUUAUACCUCUGUGGUGGAUCUGAAGCUUGGAGCUUCUAUGGAUUCUUGGAACUAUGGCAUUGAGCUUCAAUGGGUGCCCCCCCAAUAACAAACUUGGAAUGAAAAACGUACGUACGUAGUUGCCAAGCCACAAGGUCUGCUAGUUUUGUAGGUUUUUGCAAAUCUUCGGUGUUUGAUGUGUUGCUCGUUUGUGUACACGUUGCUUGUUUCCACUUGCUCGGCAUGUAUUCCUCAAUUUUCAUGUAUUUUUAAUUCUAAUGUUAUU